UGUUAACUGAGUUUGAUAUUGACUGCAUAGUUGGUCUACUUCGGUAGCCGUAAAAUUUGGUUGUCUUCACGGCAAGCAACGAACCAGCUUCCUCAUUCCCACGCGGGUUAUAUCAACUUGUUGCGCACAGAAAUAGAACCCAUAACUAUGACUUCCCUACUGGGUGCUAAUUAUGAAUCUGCCAGCGACGACGAUGCGCAAAAUGCGCCCGUCAAGGCAACGCCAGCUCCAGCGCCAGCUUCUAGCGUCAUCGCGGCGCCUGAUGUCUCCAUAGAGGAUUCUUCACGCUUGCAGCUGAUGCUUGCCAAACCGACCGAUACUACCUUGACCUACAACGCCACCUAUGAUGACCUAACACGACCAACCUUGGGACCAGAAAACCCCUUUCGUUCCGUGCAUGGGGGUAACGCGCUGAAGAGGAAAAAUGUGCUGACGGGACAUGCAGAGGAGACUUUGAUGAGCGAGGCGACGUUUAACUCUCAACAUCGAACGUUCCAGGCCUUUGGAUACACUCAGGACCCAACCGUCCCUGGGGGGUUUGUCGGAGAUUUGGAGGCCGCUGCGCGUCAGGGGGGUAAAGAUGUGGUACAAAUGCGUCCCUCCAAGGAGGUUAGCGCUGCGCUGAGGAGGAAGAGGCAGAAAAAAGGAGAUUCUAGUAUCGUUGAAGGAGAAGGCGCAUAUGUCGGACCUUGGGCGAGAUAUGAGGAUGACGAUCACAUGUACGAGGAAGAGUUGGACCUAGCUGGUCGGGAACUGGCCAGCGAUGAGGAAUAUAUUGAGGAAGCGAUCGUACCGUCGAAUAUACCGGCUAUGGAUAAAAAGGCUACAGCGUACAAGGAAGAUACGUCUCAUACCGAAACGACAGAAUUUCAUGGUUCGGAACAGUUCGACUACCAAGGAAGGACGUACAUGCAUGUUCCACAGGAUCUGGGCAUCGACCUCAAGAAGGACGUGGGCAGCAUUAAAAAUUACGUACCCAAAAAACUGGUUCAUACCUGGAAAUCACAUACAAAACCCAUCACCUCCUUACGCUUCUUCCCAAACUCAGGCCACCUCCUCCUCUCUUCCUCUGCCGACUCGAAAAUCAAAAUAUGGGAUGCCUACCACUCCCGAGAACUAUUACGGACAUAUUCCGGCCACUCCAACGCAGUCACCGACACGACCUUCCACCCAACUGGCACCACUUUUCUCUCCGGCUCAUACGAUCGACAAAUCAAGCUCUGGGACACAGAAUACGGCAAGUGCAUAUCACGUUUUUCAACGGGCAAAACGCCGCACGUCAUUCGCUUCAACCCAGACCCAGAACACAGCCAUGAAUUCCUCGCCGGUAUGUCCGAUAAAAAGAUCAUCCAAUUCGACACACGCACCGGCGCCAUCACGCAGGAAUACGACCACCAUCUCGCCGCCGUCAACACCCUUACCUUCGUCGACAACAACCGCCGUUUCAUCUCCACCUCAGACGACAAGUCGCUGCGUGCGUGGGAAUAUAACAUUCCCGUCCCCAUCAAGUUUAUCGCAGAACCGUACCUAUACGCCCUCGUGCGCGCCGCGCCCCAUCCCAACGGCAAAUACGUCGCCUUCCAGUCAGGCGACAAUCAGAUCGUCGUGUACGCAUCGACGGAUAAGUUCCGGCAGAAUCGCAAAAAGAGUUUCCGUGGACAUAAUAAUGCUGGGUACGCGAUUGAUGUUGCUAUCAGUCCUGACGGGCAGUUCGUCACAUCCGGUGAUAGUGGUGGGUAUGUGUGUUUCUGGGAUUGGAAGACGGGGAAGAUGUGGCAUAAGAUUCAGGCGGGAGGGAAGGAAGGGGCUGCAAUUACAUGUGUAGAAUGGCAUCCGCAGGAGACUAGUAAGGUUGCUACGGCUGGAUUGGAGGGCGUUAUUAAGUAUUGGGAUUAAGAUUGGGUUAGAUAAUGCUCUUUUUUCUUUUCUUUUCUUUUUUCUUUUUUUUUUUUUUCGACUUAUUUUCAUUUUUUAAGUUAAGCCUGUGAUGGUUAUGGGGUGUGGGGGAGUUCUAAAUUUUCUUCGGUCUUACAUACCAUAUAAUCUGUAUAACUAUUGUAUUAUGUCAUGCUAGCGCCAAUUAUUCGGAAAUAAGGAUGCGAAAAAGAAGACAUUCUAAUAUCAUUCUGUGAUGAUCAAUUUUCAUGCUGGCAGGACAGCUAUAACUAUAUCUAUAUGAAGGAUUUAUACAUUUAGCGCACAUCACAAUUCCUGUUUUCGCUAGAUAGAUGAAGGGGAGCAUAAGGGUACUAGACGUAUGUAAUGCAUAUGUAAAAAGCAACACAAUGCUCUCAAAAAUGUCAGGAUCAAAUCACAAAAAGGGCAAUGUAAAUGAAAACACAACAGAGCAGCUUUAAUGCACUUUGUCCUUCG